GGGAAAUGAAUUCUAGACCAUCACUGUGGAGGGAUCAAAUAAAUGUUAAAGUGUUUUUAUUUUUUUAUUUUAAUCACUGAAAAAAAGGUAAGUAAACCAGUUAAUUGGCUUAUUUUUAACCUUUUUAUUUACUUAUUUAUGUAUUGUCAUUGAGAAUUUGAGGUUUCGUGUUUUAGACAUAGGGCUGGAAAACUAAAGUGUAAUUCCGUCAGCAGCCAGUGAGGGGCAGCAGUGCGCUCAAACACCUUCACUUCACUGCUGGUCUGAUCGGGACGCGUCUGAAAUCAUUUCAGGACUGAAUUAGCUGAUUCGCUCUCGUUCAAAACUUUCUCUAAGUAGACAACAAUGUUUUGCCUCAUUUUAUUAUCUCUUUUUAUUUGCUUUUAUCCUCAAAGCAAUGCGAAACCAGAGAAACACUCCCUGCACUACAAGUUCACAGUCCUGACCAAAGCAGGUCCAUUUCCAGCGUUCAGUGCUGUGUGUGAGUCUGAUCACAUCCAGAUCGCUCGCUACCGACCUGAAGAACAGAUCUGGAUGAGAGAGAAUCUGACUGUAGACGCCUGGGACCGAGCUCCUGGAGCGCCGGCUGAAACUAAAGAUGGGUAUCUAGAUCUGAUCAGGAUUCUGUCCAACCGCACCGAGUCUUCUGAGUUGCAUGUGCUCCAGAGAAUGAUUGGCUGUGAGCUGGAGAAACUCCCUGAUGGAGCAGUGAUCAGUCUGAAGGCCUUUGAUGAGUUUGCAUACGAUGGAAAGGAUUUUAUUAGCUGUAAGUAUAACUUUUUCCCGUGGAUGGAUAAAGUCAUAGAAACCGAAAUGAAUCAUCGAACUGGAGGAAACCCAUUUCUCAAGGACUUCCUCAUAAACUGCACUAAGUGGAUCUCCGCGUUUAACAACACGUAUAAGAAUUCACCAGAUGUUGGUGUGUUUGCGAGGAAAGCUCCUGAUGAUCACAGUAAGCUGGUUCUGAUCUGUCUGGUCACUGGUUUCUACCCCAGAGAUAUUGAGAUGAACAUCAGAUUGGACAGAAUUACACUUGGGAACCAAAUAUUUUCUGAAAUCAGACCAAAUGAUGAUGGAUCCUUUCAGAUGAGAUCCAGUGUGAAGAUCGACAGAAACCACAGAGGAUCUUAUGACUGUCAUGUCAUUCACAGCAGUCUGACAGAACCAGUGACAGUAAACUGGGAUGGGAAGUGUCUGGACUGUGAUCCAGAUUCUCCGCAGGCUGUUACAGCAGGAGUCGCAGCAGCAGCGCUGUUUCUAAUCGUUCUCAUUGUGAUCGCUUACUGCAUCUGCAAAAAGAAAUCAUCCAGGGGUGAGUUAUAAAUAUUCAGCACGAUCAUGGUUGCAUGAAACCUCUAAAUAUCCUUGUUUUAAAGUUUUGAUAAUAUGUUGUAU